AUGAAUAAUUAUCAAUUCACUGACAAAACUGAAAAAACUCUCGCUGCAGCGUUCGAAUUAGCACGUGAAUACUCUCACGUACAGGUAACGCCCGCUCAUUUGGCCUGUGCAUUAUUCGAUGAAACAGAUGGCGAGUCUUUAAUAAAGAAUAUAAUAAACAAAGCCGGUGGAGAUGCCACGAUGGCCGAAAGGAGCUUCAAAAAGACAUUGGCAAGGCUUCCAGUUCAAGAUCCUGCGCCUCAGGAUUUGUCUUUUAGUCCGCAGGCCGGCAAGGUUCUGAGAGUGGCGCAUGAUAUUCAGCAAAGACAAAAGGAUAGUUAUAUUUCACAGGAUCAUUUGAUUUUGGCAUUGAUGGAAGAUCCGCAAUCAUUGAAGUCCUUUAAUGAGGCAGGCGUGGAUCGGAAAGCUUUGGAAAUAGCUAUCACUCAAGUCAGAGGGAAUCGAAGGGUAGAAUCGAAGAGUGCUGAUGAAAAUUAUGAAGCUCUAAGUAAAUAUGCUAUUGAUCUUAUUGCUCUCGCAAAAUCAGGAAAACUCGAUCCUGUCAUCGGGCGUGAUGAGGAAAUUCGCCGGGUAAUUCGUGUACUUGCUAGGAGAACUAAGAAUAAUCCCGUAUUAAUCGGAGAACCGGGAGUGGGUAAAACUGCUAUUGUAGAAGGCUUAGCACAGCGCAUUGUAAGAAAGGAUGUCCCACAGUCAUUAGAUGCAAAGUUAUUUUCCUUAGAUAUGGGGGCUUUAAUUGCUGGCGCAAAAUAUCGCGGAGAAUUUGAAGAGAGAUUAAAAGCAGUGCUAAAAGAAGUCAAGGAAGCAGAAGGAGGAAUCAUAUUAUUCAUAGAUGAGAUUCAUUUGGUAUUGGGCGCCGGUAAAGCCGAAGGUUCUAUGGAUGCCGCAAACCUUCUGAAACCAAUGUUAGCUCGUGGCGAAUUGCGUUGUAUUGGUGCAACAACUUUGGCCGAGUACCGUAAAUAUGUUGAGAAAGAUGCCGCAUUUGAACGUAGGUUCCAACAAGUUUUGGUCGGGGAACCUUCUGUUGUGGACACUAUCAGUAUUUUGCGUGGCCUGAAGGAACGUUAUGAAAAUCACCAUGGUGUUAAGAUAGCAGACGCGGCUCUCGUUGCUGCUGCACAAUUGUCGUCAAGAUAUAUUACCAAUAGAUUCUUGCCGGACAAAGCUAUUGAUCUGAUAGAUGAAGCUUGUGCAAAUACGAGGGUUCAACUUGAUUCUAGGCCGGAAAUCAUUGAUCAACUUGAACGUCGUCAUCUUCAAUUGGAGAUCGAAGCAGCUGCUCUUGCAAAAGAAAAAGACGAACCUAGUGCUCAACGUCUUAAGAAGGUUAAAGAGGAAAUGGCUGAAAUUCAGGAGCAGUUAAAUCCACUCAAAGCUAGAUAUGAACAUGAUAAGGGUCGUAUUGAUGAAAUUCGUGCUCUCAAGCAAAAAUUGGACGAGUUAAAGGCAAAGUUGGAAGACAUUAUGUAUACUAAUGUCGAACAAGCUGCUGAUCUUAGAUACUACGCUAUUCCUGAAGUGGAACAGCGAAUCGAACAAUUACAAUCUCAAAAAGCCAAACAAGCUGAGGAACGGGCCGCAAAUUCAAAUACUCCGGAUGAUCUAUUGACUGAUACUGUUGGACCUGAACAAAUCAUGGAGGUUGUUUCGCGGUGGACCGGAGUACCUGUUUCACGACUCUCUAAAUCUCAAGCAGAUCGGUUAUUAUCUUUGUCCGAUGCUCUUCACAAAAGAGUGGUUGGUCAAGAUGAGGCUGUUCAAGCUGUUACCUACUCAAUAUUAAGAAGUAGAUCCGGAUUAGCAAGGGAGCAUCAACCUUUAGGAAGUUUCUUGUUUCUUGGUCCUACUGGUGUAGGUAAAACUGAACUUUGUAAGACACUUGCUCAAGAAUUAUUCGACGAUGAGAAAUACAUUAUAAGAAUUGAUAUGUCUGAAUAUAUGGAAAGUCACUCUGUGUCGCGUUUGAUUGGCGCACCCCCUGGUUAUGUUGGCCACGAGGAAGGUGGUCAACUUACUGAAGCAGUAAGACGACGACCAUAUAGUGUUAUAUUAUUUGAUGAAGUCGAAAAAGCGCACAUACAAGUCCUCAACAUCUUACUACAAGUACUGGAUGAUGGACGACUAACAGAUAGUCAAGGUCGCCUCGUUGACUUCAGUAACACCGUUAUUAUUUUGACAAGUAAUUUGGGAUCUUACCAUUUACAAGGUUUAACAUCCGAUACUGUAAGUGAUGUCGUCAAAGAGGCUGUCAUGAGAGAAGUUAGACUACACUUUAAACCAGAGUUCCUUAAUCGUUUGGAUGAGACUAUAGUUUUUACCCCUCUCGGGAGACAACACAUACAAAAGAUUGUUGGAAUACAAUUGGAUGCACUUAACCAACGGUUACAAGAUAAGAGAAUAUUACUAAAUGUUGAUGAAAGUGCGGUAAAUUGGCUGGCAGAAAAUGGAUAUGACCCGGUGUAUGGUGCGCGACCAUUGAAUAGAUUAGUUAUGCGCAAAAUUUUGAAUCCAUUAAGUGUCUUACUGAUAGGCGGUGGUGUACGAAACGGUGAAAUAGUUAAAGUAACCACUACACCAGAUCAACGGGACGUAGUGGUUGUGAAUAAUCAUCCACAAGGAGAUAAUGGUAAUGAGAUGGCGAUUGACGCUGAUGAGGAAAGUCGAUUUGAAUUAUUAGAUUAA